ACAGAUUAAUUUAUUACGCGCAAGAUGAUCCAUCGUUUGAUAACUUUAUUAUUGGGAUUUACUCUUUUGCAGUUCGCUAUUUGCAACGACUGUAUAGGUAAACCAGAUGGUGAACAUAUUCAUCGGGCAUGUAACUACUACGUUGAGUGUAGAAAUCAACAAGAAUUUCCAGUAUUUUGCACCAAACCAUACGUUUAUAACCAUGUGAAAAGAAAAUGUGAUUUAGAAUCGGUCAGUCCUCCUCCUUGUGGAAAUCAGGUCAAUUGUAAUGGAAUACCAGAUGGACGCUAUCCACUAGUAAACCUUGAUUGCAAAUGCUACUUUACAUAUUUACGAUGGGAUGUUUACCUAGAGCUAUGCAAUUGGGCACAUUUAGUUCCCCCUCCUUGCGGUACGUUACCUCCUGUAGUCACCCCUGAACCUGUAACACAAACUCCAAUAGUGGAACAAACAACCACAACAAAACCACCAGUUUUGGAAACCACUCAGCGUCCUGUACUAGGUAAUUGCACGGCGAAUAAUAUCUGUGACGUAAAUGGAGAAGUCUGCUGUUGGCAUAUUCAACCUAAUAUAAGUGGAUGUUGUGCUCAGGGUGAAAUGUGUUGCCCUUCUGCAAUCGGAGACUUUCAUGACUGUUGCCCAAUUUCGGAUGGAGUUUGUCAUGCUGUCGGUGGUACCGGUUGCUACAAAAACAGAGUUCGUGACAACCAACCAAAAAUUAGGGGUAGAAGUUAA